UUGUCCCUCGAUCAUUUAUUAUCCAAUCAAAAAGGACCAGACAUCCUGAGGAAUUAUCUCAGUAGUAGAUUAGAGAAUGACACGAAUCGGGACAAGAGGCUCACUGCUCAUAAAAUCCUGGACCUAAUGCUCAAACUUGCUGCUGGGGCAAAUAACGGCUCAGAGGGAGAUCUCAUCGAUGAUCUAGUACACAUGCAAGGGACUGGGCAACUUUUUGGUGAGAAAAAUAUAGGAAAGGGUAUACCAAUACUCAAUAAUCGGCAACAGGAUAUGACAAAACCUGCAAGGAUACGUGUAGGAAUUGUCGUGUAUAUGCCUUACAGAGCUGAUCGCUUAUACGAAAUGGAGGUUCUAUCUUAUAUGCACCCAUCGUGGCAUUAUGUCACGACUCAUAGCUCCAUCAAAAAGUCAAUAUCAAUACCAGGAGCAUCUGAGGUUCCCGAUAUGAGCCUUGAUUUAAUAAUCUACUGUCACCCUAAAGCAUGCUGUUCCGCCAAAAAGGCAAACUGCAAAUUAUGGACCCAGAAUGCAAUAGAAACUAACCAAUCAGGUUGCUAUUAUCAUCCAGAGGAAGGCUUCCCAGAAGCUCAGGAAUACGGAUACUAUAAUACAUUUGCUUUCUUACGCGAUGACAAUUUCAAACAACGUGCUAUGAAAUAUGAUUGGUUGAUUCGGUCGGAUACUGAUGUGUUUAUUGGACCAGCCAUUUUGGGGUGGCUUCCACAUUUCAAUUUCAUGACAGGAAGUGGAGGAUAUGCAUCUGAAUUCAACAGAAAACGUCUUCCAGAAGUUGCAUCAAGGUUGCACCUAAAGCACCAUGGUAUGACCAACAUCGGAAGUACAUGGUACGGCAAACCAGAACUAUUCAUAAAAAUAAGUGAACUUACUCUAAAGUACUGUCAACAUUUUUUCAACAAUGAGUUCAACAAAACUUUAAAUGGUAUACAGGACGUCAUGAAUAAAUCGGCAUUUGGUGAAUGGCCGACAUGGUGGAGACCAGUUUCUUUACUUUACGCUGGAGAAGUCGUAAUAAAUGACAUAUUUCCAGACUUUAAUAGCUCUUACAUUGCUCAGCUUGACUUUCCAAGCAGUAGUAAACUAAAUAUUCUUUCAUACCCUCAUAUGCAUUGUUGGCACGGUGAAGAAGAAUUUCAAAAAUUCAAAUUUGUCAACAAAUUACGUGAUAUUAUCAAUGGGGGUAAAGAUAACAGGACAAGUAUUUAUAAAUCCGAUCGUGAUGUCAGUAGCAUGACUGUGCAGGACUACUGUACAUUUAUUGCAUGGAACGCAGUGGCCAACAACAAAAAUGUUGAACACUUACAGAAAC